CUCCUCCUCCAAUAUUCACUCAUUCACUGACUUCUAUGAAUAUUGCUUCUGACAACUUGUGCAAUUUUUCUUUUACUGCCGCAAGUGGCGCAAGUGCUUGUGUUGAGGCUAGAGUGCCUAUAUUUGAAAUUGACGGAUCUACAGAAAGUAAAAUGUUUCUCUCAAGAGCCAGAUGUCUGAGUGUUCGCUUAACAGUAUACAAGAGGCCAGAAACUGCCUACAUUCCAUACAAUAGAUUCGACAGGAUGGUUAUGCCAACUGCCUUCCUCCUUGCAGUAGUUGGAAUGGCUCUUUCAACUUACGGUACAAGACAGAUGAUGUUGUGCAGUAAGGAGAAAGCGGCGAAGAAAAUGAGCGAAAACUAAGGAAGAAUAACACGGUUCGUUUGAAGCUUUGUAGCGGCCAUCCGUUUAAAGAUGAGUUUGCCUGACUGACUGAUAGAUAACUAUAAAUAGGAAAGAUAGAACAUUGAGGAAUGUACCAUUUGUUUUUCUGUAUAUAUGAUAAUUUAUUAUUCCCAAUAAAAAUGUACCAAAUAAUAAAUUCAUCAAAUAUAUUACCAUUUUUAGUCA